UUUCUUUUCUUUAUUUUAUCCUUCCUUUUGGGGUCUGCAACAAAAGCCUCUUUCAACAUUUACAUCACCCUUCUUAACUCCACAUCAAAACCUUCCUUCCUUCCCAUACAUGCAUCACAUGAUCAUGACUAUAUUUUGAGUGUGUGUGUGUUGUGUUUAGAGAGAGAGAGAGAGAGAGAGAGAGAGAAAAACGAAGCAUAAUAAAUAGCACAUGAGUUUUGUUUUGUUGGAAAAAUUCACGAGAUGAUGAAGGAAAGGCAAAAGAGGAAAAACAAAAAAACAACAAAAAGAAAGAGAAGGUUGUGUUGAGGAUAAUAGUAAGAGGGGCUUAUCGCAUGUUUGCUUCACGCAAACAACUAAAUAUGUGGGGGUUAACCCUUUGCUCCCUCGCGUGGCUUUAAAGACUUCUUCUAUAUAUCCUUUUUAAAUUCAUCAUUAAAAUACUAACACCCCACCAAACCCUAAAUUCCUACAAUACAAACACCACCGUACCAUUCAUUCCUUCUUCUUCUUCUUCUUCUCGUCCUCCUUCCAUGAAGAAUCCCACGAACUCUACUUUUUCUUAAACCUAAUCAUCACUUCCCUCUGAACUCCUUGGAAACUCAUGAUCUCACACUAACGACAAACCAAAGAAAAAAAAAACCCUAUAGAAGUAUAACCCUUUUUCAAAGAUGAGCAUAAACUCUAGUUGUAGCAUAAGUGGUGGGAGUAGUAGCGGUGGAAACAAUAAUAGUAGUGGUGGUAGCCCUUGUGGGGCGUGCAAGUUUUUGAGGCGAAAGUGCAUGCCCGGUUGCAUCUUUGCUCCGUACUUUGAUUCGGAGGAAGGUGCCACGCACUUUGCCGCGGUGCAUAAGGUUUUUGGUGCUAGUAACAUUUCCAAGUUACUGCUUAACAUUCCGGUGCAUAAGAGGCUUGAUGCGGUGGUCACAAUUUGCUAUGAAGCUCAAGCGAGGCUUAGAGACCCCGUGUAUGGUUGUGUUGCUCAUAUCUUCGCUCUUCAGCAACAGGUGAUGAGUUUACAAGCAGAACUCUCCUACUUACAAGGCCACCUUGCAACCCUAGAGUUACCCCAACCACCACCACCUUCUUCACCACAAGCAACCACCAUGGCACCUCCUCCAUUGAUCUCAAUAGCUGAGUUCAUCCCAUCAUCAGCCUUAGCCUCUUCAACCGUGCCACCCACAUAUGACCUCUCUUCACUUUUUGAUCCAAUGGCCCAGACUCCUUCGUGGGCUGUGCAGCCUAGGCCCAUAGAGUCACGUCAAUAUGUGGGUAGCGGGCCUAGUGGCCCAUCGGCCACUAUUGCUAGUGGUGGUGAUCUUCAAGCAUUGGCUCGUGAGCUUUUGCAUAGACAUGGAUCUGCCCCAGUUGUUGCAUGCUCUAAUCCCUCUUCAUCUUACCCGAUUUCCAAAUGAAUCUUUGACCUAAUUAAUCAACUAAUCUUUGUCUUCAGUUGAUUUGUGGAAGACUAGGAAUUGAAGAGAUCUUAAAUUUUCAAUGUUUCAUAUGAGAAAGUAAUUAAUGUAAUGUUCUUUAUAGUAUCUUUUUUUUU